AGUCGCUCGCCCCUUUCCGGAGCUGCUCUGCGGGAAAGUAGGAAGAAAGGUGGCAGUGGCACGCAAGUAGAACAUGAACAACAGCAGCGCGGUCCGAGGAAAGAAAAAAGAGACCACAGAGAGGUGCUGCAUCCCAUUGUUGCGCCCGCGCCUUGCCGGUGCUACUGCUGCUGCUGCCAAAAGCGGUGGUGCGGCAACUGCGGGCUGCUGUGGCAGAAGAAUUGCGACGUGCACUGGCUGAACCUGCGGUGGCUCACGUUCUGCCGGUCUUACCUCCUCAUUCUCGCUUUGGGGUGUUUUCAAUUGCUGCAGAUGUUCUUCCGCCCCAACGACAUGCGAAUCCCUUUGCGGACGGAAUACCUACACCCAACGGUGGAAUCCUUCCCGCGUCCCCCGCCCAACCUGCUUCACGGCUUCCCCCCAAGCCCCACAGAGGAGAACUACGGCCAGGACGUGGAGCAGCUGUCCACCUCCUGGGCCACCGCGUGGUAUCCGAAGACCACGAAGCAGGACUUUGACCGUCAGCAGCGCCAGUUUCUGCAGUUUUUGCGGUCGAACGAAACUGCACAGACCCUCUGGGAGGAGUAUAAGCCGAUACUGGUGCAAGAUAAGAUGCGCCCAUUCACGGAUUAUGCCAGCACUUCUACGAGUGGCAGCGCUGACGUCGAGUACGCUCCUGUGCCGGGAUUGAAUCUGAUCCUGGAGGACUUUUACAAGCGUGUGGCGUCCAAGUGGACAGAUGACACCGGUCUUUACGAUCUCAGUGCGGGGGCACCGGCCUCCUCGACGUCUACUAAGAACCCCUAUGCCACCAUUUUUCACUUCACUGACCAAAAAACGUUUGAGCAGGACAUUCUCACGGGACCCCUCGCUCCUCCGGUCAGCGAGAAGACCCCCAACGCGCGGCUAGUCGACGUAUGCAUUGCAGAUAUUUGUCUGGGUCUGGAAAUAAAGUGUGAACUUGUUGCGCUGCGCAUUGUGGAAGAUACAAAAUAAAAGCUGUGUUGUACUAAAGUCAGCAAAACAUAACGGGAUUUUUGAGCAGCCCAGGAGGGAGCGAUUUUUCAUGCAGAUUAGCCAUGGAGAAGUCCAAGUCUCCGCAGAAUCAUUCAAUUUUUCACGCUCUGUGCGACGAGAACGCAUCAGAGACUUACUAUACUUAUUGCAUAUGCCAAAACUGCUUGACAAGUGUCUGCUUUCUUCCAGGCCCGGACAUGUUUGCAUUUGAUACGAGGUGGCGCAGUACAAUUUCGCGGUGAACGACGCGGCCAAGGUGGUAUUUUUCCUCUCCCAGGUGCUGGUGCCCCACUUGGCCAGCACCAACAGCGAGAAGCCAUGGGCGUCGCGGGAGACCUUCGCGUUUGCAAACGACUUUAACGACAGAACCUACUUUUUCGACAAUAUCUACUUCGACGUAGUAGAACAAGAGCUGCAACAGCAACAGACCAACUCGACAAGUGCCGCUGAUGACCCUCUGGGAACCGAGAAAUACACGGCCGGGCAGGUGUUCACGAUGCUGGCGAAUUCGUUGCAGGGGGGCUGGAAGUACCUAGAGCUGAAGGAACAAGAAGCGAAGGCGCACUAUGAGACCCUCGGCGUGAUUCGGACCGCGUCCGGGGAGGUUGAUGUGGAGUCUAGUAGUACCGCAACGGCCUCCAGUGCCUUUUUGUCCGUCGGCAAAACCAAGAAGACGUCGAGCAGGAAAGUACUAAAACAAGAAAGCGGACAGGAACUAUUACAACAACAUCAAGAUGCAAACGGCAGCACACAAGAACGACCGCAACAGCUCGCCGCGCCUGACAGCGAUGCCGCCACCCUCGGAAGUGCCGCCGCCUUCCGGCAGUUGCAGGAGCGGCAGGCGGAGCUGAAGCGGUUGUACGCCAUCGGGGCGCAGCACCUCGUCGAGUUUACGUUGUACAGCCUGCUGCACCCGGUGGCUACAAUUGAAGGGCACCAAGCCUUAGGGAAAUCGGUGGACGCGGUCCUGGGGCGAGAAUUUGAAAAUUACCUGCACUACUUCGAUUUGCUGAAGGUUUUGGAAAAGUUCUCUCCGACUGUGGCACAGAAGUGGCGUGCGGGCCAGAUUUCGGUGCCGGAGAUUUUGGAGUUCGCGAUCCUGCCCUUCGCGUCCAGUUCUGCGGCGACUCGAUUUUCGGAGGCCGAGCUGGCGGCGGUUAAGGGGCUGGGGCUGAAAUUUACCACCAAUGAGGUACUCGUCCAGCACGGUGUCACCGAGAAACAGCUCCACUACAUUUUGCUGCAGAAUUUAUUCAAGAUGGACAACCUGAGUGUCCUGCUCCAGCUCUCUCCGGCCGCAUUGGAGGAGAUCACCACCAAGGUCCAGCCGCUGGUAAUCGAGCAGCUUGACUCCAUCCUUACCGGGGCCGACGCCGCGACCUUUGCGGCAUUAAAGGAGAAAGCAGGCACCAUGAUGCAAGUGGGCAAGGACGAACUCCUGCAAUUUUUAGUCCGUUCGACGGCUGCACAAGAAGUGGAGCAUCAAACUGCUAGCACCACGUCCCCGUCGUCGUCCUCCGACGCGGCAGCAGCGAACAAUGGCACAGCAUCUCCUGCUUCGUCGUUUUUGACGACGGCCGGUGAUGUGGAAAAGAACCCGGAUAUUAUCAGUGAACAACGUGCUGGUCGAGUAGCAGGAGCAGGACGUGAACGAGCACAAGGGGAUCAUAUCCAGCACGGGGAGUUAUUGCCCCCUCGUGUCGUGCAGAGUGGUGGAUCACAAAUAAUACGGGGAAAAAUAAACGAUCUUCCUUUGGUGCAAGAACUAGUACAAGACGAGGAAGUACAAGCAUCGCGGCACAGCUCAGACGUUAGUGCUACUGAAGAUGACGCAGUAAAUCAGGACCCGGACGACGAGCUUGUUUUCCUCGAGGGUGUGAGCUUUCUCCUUGGACAAUCCACGGAGGACCUUGAUGUCGUGUCUACUUCCACUUCGCCGGUUAUUUCAAGAAGUUCACCACCCUCAACAACAUCUCCAAAAGCGACGGCGCUGUUGCAGCUACAAAGCAAAGUUUCUUCGCAGGAGAAGGCUGCGAAGCGGGCAACAAAGUUGUUGCACCAGAAAACUUACUCAAAAAUAACUGCGAGGACGGGGGAGCAACAGCAUCAAAGCGAGCAACAAACCCUCGACGUCGCGUCCCACAGCACGACACGUCGCGGUCGUGAAACUUCCACUUCGUACAGACAUUAUGAACAACACCUCGUCAAUAAAGAAGGUACUACUACACGUGAAGGAACGACUGCAGCUUCCUCAAGAAGAGCAAGCAACUCAAACUCUACUGAAACCGCUGGCCUUCUGCAGCCGUUUGUCGCGCAAAUGGACCGCGUCGUGCUGGCGCGGCUCGGCUGGAUGACGUCUUUUUAUGUCGAAGAGGCGGAGAACGGUGCCAUCCCCGACAACGGACUGAUGACCCGGCCUCUCACGGAGCUGCACCAGAACCCCUUUGCCGCCGAGGAAGUGCUGGCUACCCCAGGCGCCGGGAAGCCCUACACGAUGAACGAGGAUCCAGCAAAGGGGUACGCGCUCCCACUGGAGGAAAGAGACACGAAGCUCCACUGGGAAACCGAUGGCGCGCCAAAGGCGGCCUUCCUGUUUCUCGUCCUGGUUUUGUCCGCGUUGUUUGGGUUCUGGGUAUCCGGCCUCAUCCCGCUCAGCUUCGUGUACAACAUCUUCGGCAACGCAGCCUUUCUGGAGCGGGAAACCAAGAUGAUGGACAUGCAGCUGAUCUACGGCCUUCCGAAAAGGACCUACUGGCUGGCGAACAUCUCUUUUUUCUACGUCCUGUUCUUCUGGCUCUACGCGCUCCUGUGGUACUUUGACGCGAGCGUGUACGCGGGCCUCACGCCGCAGAACGAGCUGUACGGCCCGUUUCACGCCCGCGCGGAGGCGUUGUGGAUUCUGCUCGCGCCCUUCGCCGUGACGCUGUCCAUCAUGCUGUACGCGAGCGCGUUUACCGUGUUGUGCGAGAAGCGCGAGCAGUUCGAGGGCAUGUUGGGCUUCUUUACCGGACUGGUAAAUCUUCUCCUGGUCGCGGUGUACAUCGUGUGCGAGAUGUUUUUGCCCACCCGGCUGUCGUUCUGGGCGCAGGGGAUCGAGGCCAUGUUCAGCAACCGCGGGACGCCGCAGUGGCACGGGGACCCGGCCUUCUCGGGUCCGGCCGAGCGGGCGGCGCUGCGCGCGGACCACGUCAACUGCCCGAACUACGACCUCGCCACCGUGAACCUGGCCGUCUCGGUAUCCUGAGUAAAAACGUACCCACACCAGAGUUGUAAUGCAACUCUGCAUGCUUAAAAUGUUUCUCAUGCGGAGCCCCAUGAGAAGCAUUUUCUAGUGCGGUUCUGAAAUUUGUCAUGCUCCAAUCAGCACGAGAUACUAGAUCUGUAAUGCUGCUAAACUAGCUCAAACAGCACUACACUACGCGGACAAACUUGUCAUGCCAAACAACCAAAGCUGGCUGAUUUGUCUAGCAGAUUCCCCAUCCUGACUCUGGUGUGGGUACGUUUUUACUCAGGAUACUCGGGCGUGGUCGGGGUGCUGGUCCCGGGGUUUUCGGCCAUGAAGAUUUUGAUGCGGCGG